GGCCCGCCCCUUCCAGACAAACCUGGGGAGUUGGUGAGAGGAUGUCCAGGGUCAGAAUUGCAUGAGCCGCCGUCAGGACUGCUGCUCCCGUGCAACGCUGCAGGAUCUGUCCGUGGGCCGCGAUGGCAGAACAGUCGGACGAGAAGGUGAAGUACUACACGCUGGAGGAGAUCCAGAAGCACAACCACAGCAAGAGCACCUGGCUCAUCCUGCACUACAAAGUCUACGAUUUGACCAAAUUCCUAGAGGAGCAUCCUGGUGGAGAAGAAGUUCUAAGGGAGCAAGCUGGAGGUGAUGCAACUGAAAACUUUGAGGAUGUUGGGCAUUCCACAGAUGCCCGAGAACUAUCCAAGACAUAUAUCAUUGGAGAACUUCAUCCAGAUGACAGAUGGAAAAUAAAGAAACCUUCAGAUAGUCUUAUUACUACCCAUGAUAAUGAGAGCAGUUGGUGGACCAGUUGGGUGAUCCCAGCAAUCUCUGCACUUGUUGUGGCCUUGAUGUAUCGAUUCUACAUGUCAGAGUACUAAUCACAUUUUUUAAAAAGCCAAUAAAAGAAGAGACUGACUUAAACCCAGGAUAUAAAGAAGCCAGUUGUCACUGUCCACUUUGCCUGACAGAAACCAACUUCAUUUGCAAAAAGAACUUUAAAGUGUCCAUUUCCCACCCCACCACCUCCUGACAUCCAAAAAGUGAACUAUCCUUCUGUACACUUUUCUAUAGAGUGUGCCUUUUUUAUUCAAAUUAUUUUUAAAGUUCAGUUUCUCUUUUUGAUGCUCUAUCAGUACUUUAUUCUUUAUAUAACAAAAACAGCUGCUAUGAUUAUUGUGUAACCUUUACAGUUUUCUGCAUCUAUUUGUGUGUUUGUAUAAAUCAAUCUUUGAUGCUCCAAAGCUUUUUAAAAAAGCUCUUCAGCAGACUACAUCUUUAGACCCAAGCAAUCAGUGUGGAUGCUUGGCUCUAAGGAGGUUUUUGGCUUCUGUCUACUAUGACAUUAUUUCUAAUAGAAUUACCCAUUGUGGCGCUUUUUUUCAAAUCACUUUCCUUUUCUGGAAGUCAAGAAGCCCAAUGGUCAUAAUUUACAUGCUUCUAAUAACUGUUCUCAUAUAGACAAUAAUGGUAAGAAGGGGAAAUGUCCAAAAGAAACUGACAUUGAUCAAGGAACAGAUUCUAUCCGCCCAUAAAACAAGGCCUGUCCCUUCUUCCCCAAUUUUCAGCCUAGAAUUAACCCUCUGUUUCCUGGAGGCAGGGAGUGGGGAGGAGAGAAUCACCUUUUCGUGGAUUGCUGUUUGGAAGAUAAAAACCUUGUUGGCACUCACUCCUUUUAAGAGGGCUGCUGAAUCUCAAAUUUUUAUUAAGAAGGACUGAAAAGCAUCCUUUGUGAUGUUUGGAUACUUUUUUCUUUUUUGCUAUUUUAAGGAACUUGCUGCCAACUAAUGAAUGACAAAUUAUGUUCAUGCAUGUGGGUCCAUUUACUUUUUCCAUUGGAAACUCUUUCGAUUUCUUCCAUUAUAUCGGUAGCCUUUAUUCUCUGGCCUUCACCUUACUUGCUUUUGGAAAGGUUAGUUGUUUGAUGACUUGGUGGGAGAGUGAAUCUGUUUAAAAUGUAAGCUGUCAUAAUGAACUGUGAUCAUGUAUCUUCCCCUUGAUAUAUAUUAAUCAAGCAGCAUGUACAUGAAAAACCACUGACACAUUAAAAAAGCUGAUUUUUUUUCCUAAAAAAAAAAUCUGUUGAUAUCAAUUGUAUAAUCAUUGCUAUGUUUACCACCCUACUUCCCUCACUUCAAACAUACACCUACCCACAGUGCAUAGUCAGGGCCUAAGGUUAAAGAGAAAAGCUCAUUAUUUUACUUGCAACCGAAAAUGACAUUUAGGAUGAAAGUGGGUAAGGUGAGGUGGGAAAUGGUGAACUCUGGUGCCAGAAAUACAAAAUUACCUUGCAGAAAAAUCUUUUGUUAAGAUUCUGAAUAAACAUGAGCCUGGAACAAAA